GUUUCUUCUGUUAUGGUUCAUAGCCAUUUACAGUACCUAGGCUUUCUAUUUUUGGUAUAGAUAAUGAUGUUCUUUUUACAUGCCAUGAGACUUGCUAGAGUUCUACAUCUUCUAUUGCUUAUUAAAUAUGCUUUGAUGCAUGGAGUCAUUGCCAGUACAAAGCAUUAUAUUGUCUACAUGGGAGAGCAUUCCCAUCCCGAUUCAGAAUCUGUCAUCACAGCAAACCAUGAGAUGCUUGCUUCAGUUACUGGAAGUAUGGAAGUAGCAAAACAAAUAACCGUUCAUCAUUACAGUAAAAGCUUCCGAGGCUUCUCUGCCAUUCUUACACCAGAACAAGCUCAACAAAUUGCAGAGAGCAAGUCAGUUGUUUCUGUGUUUGAAAGCAGGAUGAAUCAGAUUCAUACCACACAUUCAUGGGAAUUUUUAGGAGUGAGCUCCAUGCAACAAUAUAAGCAGCCUCAAUUGGACUCACUAUCCAAUGUAAUUGUUGGCGUCAUCGACACCGGAAUUUGGCCAGAAUCAGAGAGUUUUGAUGAUAGAGGGUUGGGCCCUGUGCCUGAGAAAUUCAAGGGAGAAUGCAUGCCUGGUGAGAAGUUUGAAUUGUCCAACUGCAACAAGUAAGACAGGUUCUUUAUAUUAAAACUGUUGAAUAAAAGGGGUCAAAAAUGAAACACUCUCACAGGAAUUUUAACAAACAGUUGGUGAGCGUAAUGAACAAUGAAGAAAAACUAAGCAAUCUGAAAAGUAAAGAUCACAAGAUGCU